AUGGGGCUGCUACCCGCCCCUUAUCCAUCCCACCCCGAAAUUUAUGGGAGUCAAUUACAAACCCACCCCGCCCCAUUUAGCAGGCUGCAGGCCAACAUCGUCGUCGUGCAGAUGAGGUUGGGCUGUUCGACGGUGACCCUGGCGCAUGCCUGUUCGGGAAACCUCGGGCCUAAGGACGUGUGCACGCCGGCGCACCAGGACCUUGUGCUCGAGGCGGCGCGCCAGGGCAUCCUGCUCCUAAAGAACGACCAGUGGGGGAGCAAGCACAGGGGCGGCGGCGUGGCGGGGUACGUGCGACAGGCGGUGCACGCGGCCGGGUGCACCGACAUAGCGUGCGCGGGGAGCCGGCAGCCCAUCGCCACCACCAUCGACACCACGCGACGCGCCAACGCGACCAUCGUUGUCGCCGGGCGCGACCGGAAGGUGGAGGCCGAGGGGCUGGACUGGUUGACCCUACUCCUCCCCGGCCGGCAGGCGGAGCUCAUCUCCACCAUGGCCAAGGCGUCCAAGAGUCCCGUCGUCCUCGUGCUCAUGUCAGGAGGCCCCAUCAACAUCGCCUUCGCGCAGAACGACCCUAGGAUCGCCGCCAUCCUCUGGGUGGGGUACCCCGACUAG